AUGAACCCUUCGUCCUCAUCAUCUCCAUCUUCUUGGCCAUCAAGCUUUGCCAAUGGAGGAAGCCCAGGAGGCACCCAACCGGGUCCUUACCCUUUUCCACUCCUAGGCAAUUUACACCAAAUCAAACCCAAGGCGGCCGCAGCUAGCUGCUUCGCCGAGUGGUCGUGGCUCUACGGCCCUGUCAUGUCGGUUUGGCUCGGUUCCAAGCUGAGCAUUGUCCUGUCUAGUCCUGAUUUGGCCAAGGAAGUCCUCAAAGAUCAUGACCAAGUAUUGGCCAGCAGGCACAGGAUGGAGUCUACAGUCAAGAUUACUAGAGAUGGCAAGGGGCUUGUAUGGGCCGAGUUCAGAAAAAUCUGUGUCCUCGAGCUGUUCUCUGCAAGGAGAAUUGAAGUUCUAAGGCCCAUUAGAGAAGAUGAAGUCAGGAACAUGGCGGAAUCCGUUUUCCAAGAUUGCACCCGUAAUGAAGAUCAGGGGAGCAGCUUGGUCGUUACUUAG